AUGUUAUUUAUUUUUUUAUUAACAAUUUUUUUAAAAAAAAUUAUAGAAUCAUUAUUAACUUCACAAAAAAUUGAAAAAUCUUUAUUCAAAAUAAAUCUAAGUAACUCUUUCAAUAAUGAACAAAAUAUUUCAACAAAUCAAAUUACUUUGUUCAUUAGAAGUACUUCAGUUUAUUUCACAAGACCAAAUUUUAUAAACUUCUAA